UUAGCUCAGUCAAACCCAAAAUGGCAACUAUGGAGGGUUCGGAGCAGCAGGCUGGCUCGUGUAAUGCAGAAAGACUAGUGCGUGUAGGCUACUAUGAGUUCGAAAAGACAAUUGGGAAGGGUAAUUUUGCAGUAGUCAAGUUAGCGACACACAAAAUAACUCAGUCCAAGGUUGCCAUCAAAAUUAUAGAUAAAAGUAAAAUAGACGCAGAUAAUUUAAGAAAAAUCUUGCGAGAAAUAGAGAUCCUAAAGAAGUUGAGACAUCCAUACAUCAUCCGGCUCUAUGAGGUGAUGGAGACAGAGAGGAUGAUCUACCUGGUCACAGAGUAUGCCAGCUGCGGGGAACUGUUUGAUUAUGUAGCGAUGCACGGCAAGAUGAGGGAGAGGGAAGCACGGACAAAGUUCAUGCAGAUCGUGGCAGCGCUGCGGUAUUGCCACAAGCAGGGCAUUGUACACAGGGAUCUCAAGGCAGAGAACUUGCUGCUAGAUAAAGAUUUAAAUAUCAAACUUGCAGAUUUUGGGUUCAGUAAUUUCUAUACACCAGGCGUCUUGCUGUCCACAUGGUGUGGCUCUCCGCCCUACGCUGCGCCAGAACUCUUUGAGGGGAAGGAGUACGACGGGCCCAAAGCUGAUGUCUGGAGCCUGGGAGUCAUUCUGUUUGUGUUGGUGUGCGGGUACCUGCCUUUCGAUGCCAAAACCUUACAAACCUUAAGGUCUAUUGUGGUUGCUGGCAAGUUUAGAAUACCUUAUUUUAUGUCCUCAGAUUGUGAUAAUCUAAUAAGGAAAAUGCUGCAGGUGGACCCAGAGAGAAGAAUCAGCAUAGAGAGAAUAAUGCAGCACAGGUGGAUAACAAUGGAGGGCCUUGACUCGAAGAUCAGGGAAAUCCUACAGAAAUACAACAGUGACGACUGCAACCGGUUGCCGCCUGACAACGACCAAGUGUUGGAACACAUGAUGCGCAUUAUUCCCAACCUUGACAGAGAGGAAAUAUUAAAGUGUGUGCAUGGGAUGAAGUUUGAUCACAUUAGUGCCAUAUACCACCUCCUGGAAGAACAGGUGGCCGAGGCAACGCAAGCUCCUUCCUCGACCCCUGCCAUCCCCCUCUACCCCCAGACCCUCCCAGUCAUGUCUGCCCAUCACAGAAAGUCAUCCAUCACAACAGGGUUUGUCGACAGAAGUCCCGUGUCGGACGCGGAGGACACCACCCAAGUCACUGUGCCUCUCUUCUCAUGUUCCCCGGUGCCCCAGAACCUGCCAGCCCUCCAAGAUCCCUACCAGCCGUAUUUGGAGAAGUACCGAGAGUUAGAAAUCAGCGGAGAGUCGGACACAGAGGAGCCAAGUCAGCAGACUGUGGACAAGUACCUGUGUUCCCGGAGACACACGGUGGGGCCAGGAGACACACAUCAUGAGGAGGAUAUAUACCGCCCGGCGUGCGGUCGUCCUCAAGGCGCUAAGGUGAUGGAGGCUCACAUGCGGGGGAACCUACAGUUGCUCGCCCCUGGAGGUGUUGGGGUGAUGAGUGGCUACCAGACACCUCCAAUGUCCCUCCUUCCUCAGACCAACCUGCCUCAGAACCUGCCACUGGUACAAAACUUGCCUCCACAGAACUUCUCUAUCAAAGACCAACACCUCUUAAAACCUCCGCCAUUCAUGCAUGCAGCUGGUGGCUUGGGCCGGCGAGCAUCAGAUGGAGGAGCAAAUCUUCAGUUCUACUUCCGGUGCCACCUGCCUGAGGGGGGACUGAGCCAACCCAAUAGCCAUGAACAGAUCACAAAGAUUGGCCUAGUCCCUAGUAGUCUUGGGGGACACUCCCAGCCACUGCCUCAGCAGGACGACGACCUGCCGCCUCAUCCUGAUGAGGAGAUUGACCCCAGCGAUGUGGCCCACUAUAUGUCAGCUCGGGGAGCCAGCCAGAGAGUAACGCUGCCCCUGGUUAACCCCAAGGACCCACAGGAAGCCCAGAGGAAGAUGCCGCCCAAUCGUCACCGCAAGACUGGUCUGCCCAUGGUGACUGAGCGACCUCCAGACAUCAAUCCGCAGCUCAGACUAGAGGCUGAGGCGCGGAUGCAGAGGGACUACAUGACAUCCCACCUGCAGACCAUGUGUAACAAUGCCAGCAUAAUGGGAAUGGCCCACACCGGAAGCAUCACCUCAGGCACUUCAGGCACUGGCUAUGCCAUCAUGCCUAGCAUCAUGACAGGCACCCCUCACCCUUCUUCCCAGGCCAGGCGCUUCUCCAACCCUUCCUCCACCCCUCCACACAGUCUGGCCAGUCAUCCCUAUGGUGGCUACGGCUGCUCCUCCCCCCCCAUUCAGCUCACCACCUGCACCUCAUCCUUCACCUCCUACUCCUCCUCUCCCUCCUCCUCAUCCUCCUCCCUUCCCUCCUCCCACCACCCAACGCCUUCCUCAGGCAUUCCGUCUCAUAACAACAACAUCAACAACAUCAACAACAACAACAACAACAAUUCCUGGCCAAAGCACAGAGAACGCACUCGAAAGACCGGCCUUCCAACAGUCCUGGAAAAUAACUGGGCUGUGUCAUCCCCUUCCGAAGCAGCUGAUAGCACCACAGUGGGUCGAGACAAUUACAAGGACUCAAUCUACCUCACCUCCGACCGCUACUCUCCUGGAGGAACUACCGUGCGCCGCGCCUCAGACUCUGCCACAUUCAGCCUUUCCAACAUAAAUCAGGAAUUCCAGAAACUUCAGAAGCACAGCGGGUUGACAGAUGCAGCCACACAGGCGGAGCUGCAGCGCGGCCACUCGCUCCAUUGGAUGGGUGCCACCUCCUCACCCACGCCAGGCCAGCAUGGGGGGGCUUCUCCUGCUCCCGGAAUCAUCUCCCCCUGCCCACCAGUAUCCAUCCUUGCCGGGUCACCCUGUCGGUCACCCCUGCCAUCUUCUCCCAGCCCACACCACCAACCAACUCUACAACAACGCAUUUCCCCAGCCCCUUCAUCUCCAGUUCCUCCCACCACCCCGCCUUCCAUACCAAAUUCCCCUCUACACCACAGCGGAAGUAGCAUAGAAGGCACAGCUCUCAGCCUAAGUCGACUACACUUGCAGCCUCCAUCCUCACCGGCCGGUCCUCGUAGUCCAUCGCAUCGCCAGUCUCCCCCGCUGGCUUUGUCUCCACAGCCCUCCUCUCCCAUCGCCCUGCUGAGUCCUGGUGUGCCUCUAUCCCCGCCCUCCCCAGGCCUCAUCCCCCGAUCAGGGCCAUCACCGCCUCCACUGGGGCUGGACUGUAUUCGCGAGGAACCCCCCAAGGGCUGCCACAUCACCCAUAAUGUCCCACAGAACAUCUACACUUUUGCACAGAACCCCCAGAUCUCCAUAACAGAUGAGAGUGGGGGCCAUGUCAUCAUUGCUUCAUCCUCUGACUCCUCUCCAGACGUGUCAGAUGACAUGGACUCUAUGCCUUUCCCAUCACCGCCCACACCAGACCACAUCCCACGGCUCCCCCACCACUCCCCGCAGCGGCUCUCAAAGGGUCUCAGCCUUGAUUCUUCCCCUCUGCCUUGUGUGCGGGACUGUGACGCCGAGGGGCCAUCAAUAACACGUGGCACAGCGGGUGUCCCAGCAUCACGCAGACCUUCAGCCACAGACAACAACAACGUCCACAGAAUCCGUAAUGAACGAAACUUAGUGAGACAAAAUGCAAUUGCAGGGACUCAGCGGUACCCCAUGUUGAUCACCAGCAUGGAGUUCAGACACAGCUUCCCCCCGUACAGCAAUGGGGGAGUAGGUGAAAGUGACAUAGAAAUGACUGACAUAAGUACUGCAGGGGACCAGUCACCCCUGGUGGAGCGUAGUGUGAUAGAACUGGAGCUUCCUAAGACUGGGAGUGGCUCUUUUCUGCUGGACCUGCCAACUAAGUGGUCAGGCAUGGCACAGGAAGACUUGUUAGGAAAUAUUAUCCAUGUUUUAGAAAGUCGGGCUCCCUCCAUCGUCCGGGAGGGUGUCCGAGACUGUGGCCUGUCAGUGCGGGACCCCACUGGGGCCCAGGUGGACCUGGAGGUGCAUGAGGGCUCCGCUGCAGACUCUCGGGCACUCAAGAUGCGUAGAGUGUCAGGAGACGAGGACCAGUACACACAACUCUGCCAACAGUUAAUUGAAUGCAUGACAACCUAACGUUAAUGGUGUCGGUGUGCCCAGGAAGUGUUAGUGAACGUGCUUCAGCGUGUGUGCCCAAGACUUGAGAGUGUGCAUAUUUCAGGAAGACAGAGGCCCUAAGUAGUCCAUUUCAAGUUUAUACUUUCUUGAUGACAGCAGCAGCAGUGAACACAGACACAACUUGGCCGGCUCUCAUUUCUCCAAUUUGCAGUGUGAAAAGUGUUGCCACUUGGCAGAGUACUUUAGGCUUCAACUUUCUGACUGCACCACUAUUAUCAUAAUGUUCAUUUGUUGAAAUAAUUGAAUUUUACUUCAAAUCUCUCUAAAUAGACAAGAAAAAUAUAUUAGUAUUUUAUUUAUAUAUUUUUAAUUGAUAGAAAGUAUUAUAAUAUUUCAUAUAGGUACUCUAUUGUCUGUCUGUUUAGUAACAUUUCUAAGUUAUGUUUGUGUAUGUAUGUUGUUACAUAAUACUAAUGUAUUUCACAUUUAGAUGUUAUAAUAGUUGGUAAGGAUUUCUCAUUGUCUUUCAAGAUUUAUCGCCAUCAGUUUCUUUCAGAAUCUUACAACUAAAGAUGACAUGCUGAAGAACAGAACUGUCUACACUUAAGUGCAUAUUAUAUCCAAUUAAUUCUUUACAAGUUGCCUUCUGGACUGCAUUCCAUUGUUGUGGUUAAUCUAUUCUAUAAUAUUCAAGUUCCAUGUAUAAUAAAUGCCGAAAGUCUGCAGGAAGUAUAAAGGCUUAGUGUUCGAAGCACCAUUUAAAAGUUUACACAAAGUGAGUGUUUCAGGUGUUACCCGUGUGUGGAACUUGAUGUUUUCUGAGGUCACCCAGAAAGCCAAGCACUUGGAAAUAUUUUAUCCAUGUUGUUAGGAUGAACUUCAUUGAGCACAAUGCCAGAAACAACCCCAACCUGAAUCUGAUAUGUGGCAGGAAUUUGACAGCACAAAUAUUUGUAGAUACAGAGAUAGAAGUUACUGGUGUUCUGUCCAAGUGUUGUUGUGGCCUAAGAAUGUAUUCACUAUAAAUUUACAAUGGGGACCUCCUUGUUGAUCAAUUUGUAAACAAAUUGCUAAUGAAAUUGAUCCUGACAACAUUAGGCCAGGUUUGUGUGUGCAAUAAUGCACUAUAUGUUGCUCCCCAGCACAACCAUUCAUUGGCAGGGUUGGGCUCGCAAAAUUGAGAGGGACAUGUAGAGCAUCACAGUAGUCAUUGUUUUCAGUCACUGUCACUACAAUGACACAAAAUAACUGCUUACUAAAAUUUUGGGAUCAUACCUUUUGAUGUUUCAGAUUUUUGGAAACCAUCUAAUUGUUCUGUUUAUGGCAUAGACUUGGCCUGAAGUUUUUUGCUCCUGAUAUUUCCACUACUUUGGAGGAACCCCCUUGAAAGUGCCAACUAAGUAUUUCCUCUGUGGGUAUCACUUAGCCGCAACUGCAUGAACCUUUAGGCAAUAUAUAAUCGACCCCCAUUACUCCAACACUAUUGUUUGGCCGAGAAGCUCCCUGCUCCGCCCAGUCAAAGCAGCUGACGGGCAGAAGCUGGAAGUUGAUUUUGAUGAACAAUAUAAGGACAGUUUUGUAUAAAUUAGUAUGGUGUUGGACUAGUGAGGGGAGGUAAUCUUGUGCUAACCUAGGCAACUUUUGAAGACUUGGUGCUAUCGGAGGGGAGUGAGGAGUGAGCGUGGUGCCAGUUGGUGCGUUGAAUGUGUCCAUGCCACUAUCUUUGGCUUGCUAGUCACCCGUUACUUUGGAACUGUCAGACUUCCUGUGGGAGAAACAGCUGGUUCAUUACUUGGAAUAUUUUUUUAGACUAGUGUGUAAAUGCCGGUUAAAUUUUGUUACGUAUUGUUUAUCUAAGUGAUAUAUUAAAAACUAGCUUAAGGAACAGCUUUCACACCAAUGAAAAUUUUUAAUCUUCACUUCAGUUUCUAGUAAUUGAUGAUAUUUUUAAUAUUAGAAUUUAUGCUUCAGAAAUUGCUUCUCCCCUUUAUCCUUUCAUUUAGUACUAAUGAUUUCAGGAAAACAAGAAGUUUGUCAUAAACUUUGUGCUUUGUCUAGGGAGGGCAUGUGUAGCAGUCAGGGAGGUCACUCUGCCUUGGGUCACCUUGGCACCAUGACCUACCUUGGCCUGCCUUACCUAGAUGCAUUGUUUUGAAGAUUUGAGUCAAUCUUGAGUACUUGUGUAAUGGUAUAGGUGAGUUUUGUAAGUGAGGCAGUGAGUGGGUCAGAGGGGAGAGGCAAGGUGCAGACAGCAGCCCUGACAGGGACCAAAGCUCAAAAGUGUGUAGUAGAGUCAGCCACCUUGCCUGGACGUGUGGUAAGGCUAGGUCAUGGCAGGAAAAUGUUAUUUUUGUUAAAUUUUUAUUGUGUAAUAACUAUAGACUUGGCAGUGCGGAUUGAAGAGGAGAUUUGGGCAUUAGAACUGUUGGAAAGAUUAUACUAUUGACAAUUAUGUAUCUGUAUUCCAUUGCAGUGUCUCUGCAUCAGUGACAGUGUGAGUGGUGCAGUGGUGCAUAGAGCUAUGGCCAUGCUGUGUGGCAUGAUGGUGCAGGGAGGUGUGGCCAUGCUGUGUGGCAUGGUGGUGUAGGGACUAGGGAGGUGUGGCUGUGUUGCAUGGCAUGGAGGUGUAGGGAAGUGUGGUUGUGCUGCAUGAUGUGGCUGCUUCACAAAGAUAUACAGAUGCUCAAGAGUCCCAUGAAUUGGCAGGUGCUUAACAUGAAGCAAAUCAUGUUCACAGGGACAGGAAAUGCUAAAAUUUACACUGCAUUAUACCAAAUACAUGCAUAUAUAAUGUAGUGUGGGGGAGGGGCAGGCUGACAUAUAGUACUUGGAAAAUUCAUAUAUACAUUAUAUAUAUAUAUAUAUAUAUAUAUAUAUAUAUAUAUAUAUAUAUAUAUAUAUAUAUAUAUAUAUAUAUAUAUAUAUAUAUAUAUAUAUAUAUAUAUGCAUUAUCUUCCUCCACAUAAUCACUAUUAAUAUUCAAGCUGAGUUAUGAAAUUGUUUGACUGCAUACUAAUAUUGUCUUCUAAAUGCUGCUGUUCGCAUUUCACGUAGUCCAUCCAUGCAGUAUUCCUCAUGUAUUGCAAGUGGUAUUACAGGAAACCAUUUUGGCUGUGUCAAGAUGCAAUAUAGAGUAAAUGCCAUUGAAUUUAAUAUGCAAAAUAUACCAUGAAACCAAGAGUGGAAAAAAUUUAUUCUGUACAAAAAAAAAAGGACAAAAAAAGAAAAGCAUUAUUACAUUAUGACUUUCUAAUUAGUUUGUUUUGAUAAAGAAUGCUUGUGGAUGAAGCAUGGACAGGCUGCUGGCACAAGGUGGACUAUAUUGUUCAGUUGUGAUGUAAUGGUGGUGUUAGUGGUGGUGGUGGUGAUGAUAAUGAUGAUGAUGAUGAUGAUGAUGAUGAUGAUGAUGAUGAUCUCUCAUUAAGCAGCAGCAGAAAACAGUUCCAGGAAACAUUAGUUUAAUACAUUUGGUUCCUUUUUGACCUAUGAAAGGUGUCAUUGCAAGAAUUAGCACAUUUGUCUUCAAGCUGGAUGCUUCUUCAUUCCCAAAGUUCUGCUACAGUGUGUGGUGUUCCUUGAUGGUUUUGCCUUUCAAAUUGCAGAAUGGCUGGGCAUUGUUCACAAUAGUGUGGACAUCUCACUAUUAUUGGCAUUGUUUCUUCUAAAGCAUCAUCCUGUAGUGUAUUUUACUGUGCCAAAAGAACAAUUAGUAAUCAGAAGUGUUGCAUGCUGGGUGGGUCGCCAGACAGCUGGAGAGAAGUCUGAACAUUGUAAUCCACACAUCACUGUACCUUUGUGACCAUAAGCCUUGUGACUGUAAACUUAAGAGACCGGGGCCAAACACACUGGAUGACUGAAUCUAAUGCUGCUAUGAACACUUGAAAAGGUCAAUCAUUCAUUAGACAUUUGAAUUUUGGAAACAGGUAUGUUUGAAGACAGAUGACUUUAUCUUAUCUGCCUAAACUCCACAAAAAAUUAAGCAUUUCCCCAUUUGGUGUGUACAUUACUGCAGCAAGAUAGGGAGCAGCUGGUGUGUUUGUCUCAAGUCUCUCAUGACAGUAUUACCAGCUUAGCUUCACAUAAUCUGGAUAAGUGUGUUCUGCUUUUUCAUCUAUUUAUUUGUUUAUUUUUUUAUGUAUAUCAUGCUGAAUCAGAUGCGAUCACAUUACAUUUGUAAAUGAGUGCAAAGCAUUGUGUUGGGAACUAAACUUUUUUUUUAUGAAAUGCUUGAUCAAAAUUUAUAUUUUGCAGGUGACAUUGUGGAGGAAUUCUAUUAUGAUUGAGACAUUAUAGAAAGCAAGAACAGAAUUUGUUAUCUUGUCCAUAGUAUCACUAUUUAAAGUAAGAAUCUUGUGUUGUCAUACAUUGAAAAUUGACCACAAUGGGUUGAGUGUAUCUUAUCCUUGUUUGCAUUCAGACAUUACACUUAUAGAAAUUGAUUCAGUGAAAAUUUUAUAUGAACCUUUUGUUAAACCAAGCUAGUGUUUUGUAAAGCUAUAUGUUGUAUUGUAAAUCUAUUCUCAGAUCUGUUAAUAACUAGUGACAGUUGGCUAUACUUCUUCAGUGGCUGACAUUGUACCUAAAAGAAGAAAACCUUGGUGUAUGAAUUGAAUGAUGUUGUUUGUACAGUUAGGCACAGGAGAGAAGUAUACCACUGACCCAACAUUUGAACAAUUAUGAUGAGCAUUGUCCUUUGUCAUUAUUAUUAACUCUUCAUCUUCAGUUUGAACAAAAGCGUUGGCCAAACUUUUAAGUUAACACGAGUCACUAUGAAGUUGCCUGUCUUGUACUCUUGUGUCUUUGAGUCGCCGAUGUUGCCGCAGCUCAGGCGUCAUCUGAAUGGUGUGAUGUGAGAAGGUGCACAAACUGGUGGUGGCCGUGUGGCGGGCUGCCCUGCCCCACCCUGCCCUGCCCUGCCCUACCACCCCUCCGCCACCCUAGCCGAGCUGUGCAUUUCACUCGCCUUCCCAUGCCACAGCGCUGCAUGUAAAGAGUUGCAGAGAAAGACAAGCACUGGCACUAAUGGAACCAGACAGCCGACAUUAGACGUCACAAAGCAGUGCUGGGGGGAGGCGGACAUAGCUGAGGGACGUGCGGUUGAAACGCACCACUCCAAAAGUGAAUCAUUCCACCUCACUCAUUUCAAUAGUUUCUUAUGCUCACUGAAUAUGUACAUACUUUAAAGAAGUCUAUUUAAACUAUAAAUCUGUGAUUUUAUUAUCUUCAAGAGUCAAAAUAUAUAAUUAUAUCAAAUGGAA